CCCAAGAUGGCAACAAACAAAGUGCGCCUCUAUGCCCUCACAGGCGCCGUAGCGGCCAUCACAGCCACCGGAGCCUGGUAUGGCGCCGGUCUUAACAUGCGCCAAGAAUUGAAAGAAGAAAAAGCAAAAACCCAUGGAGCGACACAUGAAGAGAAGAUUGCCCAACUCCAAUCCAUGCGUCAGCAUCUCGUCCGUUCGAAAGAAGAAUUGCAGGCCAAAAUUGACAAAUUGUCUGGGAAAAAUGUCCCGCCAGGAUCAACAACGACAGUAGGAAUGCAAGGGACUCUGGAAGGACGUACGAGGACUUCAUGAUGUUGAAGAAGAAUGGUGAUGACGAUGAAGAAAAUAUUUCAUCCUCCCAGAAGAAAACAAUUACCGUCUCCAGCUCCAGCUGCAGCUCCCUCUUCCCUCGCCUACCACCACCGGAACAAUCCAACAUUAUCACCUACCAGCCAGCCAAUCAACCAACCAACCAACCAACCAACCAUCCAACCAGCCAACCGACCAACCAAC